UCGCAUGUGCUUCGCCACGCCGUUCCGCCGCCGGGCUAUCCGACCCGAUAACCAGCGGCUAUCACGAGAAAAUGAUAAGCCCCGUUGAGGCACAAGAGCAGAGCCGGAAAGGAUCAUAUUCGGGCGAGAACCAUGCGCCGAAACGUGUUUUGCAAGCUGCUGCAACGGCAAACCUACAACGUCUUGUCGGAGAAGCGUCUUUGUGUGGUUUCGCUUCUCGCCUUCGCCGUUUUUGCUGUUUCAGCCUUACAUUUUUGCGAGGUUGCGUUUGAUUGGAGUAAGACCAAGUAUGCUGCCGUCUUCGACAGAUUCAGAGACAACAUCGCCGGCGAGAACUACCAAGACAGGCUGUGUCAAGACAUGCCGAUCGACGCUGUCUACACCUGGGUGAACGGCACGGACCCAGAGCUAGUGAGGAAUCUGUCCCUCAUCAGGAAACAACUCAUGCUAGAGGCCAAUAAGUCGAGCCCAGCAGUGUGCCCGUUCAAGAUGUGCGUCAUGUCUCCAAUUCUUAUUCUGAAGCUUGACUCAAAUGCCUCUUCGCUGCCAACCGUGCAAGAUGGCGAGGUGGAGCGGGUCUUUCGGCUGUCGCACCACCUCAAGGAGCCACAUUCGCUUGUCGCCCUUCUCUACUCCUCUGUGGACGCAGCCAAGCAGGUUGCUUCAAUUGGUCACACCCUCGCGUCUGAAAGGAAUGCCUCGGUCAGCGUGACCUUUGUGACAGCUGACACAGCAGCUAGUAACACUAUCCCUCUGGACGACAUGCUCAUGGUGUCGGGGAUCUCGUCUGGAGUGAGCGCCCACGAUGUGACCGAGAAGUUAUCUUAUGCGUUGCAGGACGGCGUUGUGAAGGUGUACAUGUACGAAGAAGAAAGCCUGGCCCUGGUGGUAACUUCAGGGAAGUCAGCCACUGAGACCCUGUCCAAAGUGAAUGUGUCGCUCAAGGCACGCUUAGUCACAAUCAGCCGGGUCUCCCUAGUCAUUGAUCCCUUAUCAGAAAAUGAAGACCUUGUGGCCAGCCGAUUUGCUGAUAAUGACGAACUCAAGUACUCGUUGCGGUCCCUGGAGCGGUUUGCCCCUUGGGUGCGCAAGGUCUACAUUGUCACCAAUGGCCAGAUCCCCUCUUGGCUCAAUUUGGACUGCCCUCGAGUGGCUGUAGUCACACACGAGGAGAUCUUCCCCAACAAGAGUCACCUGCCAACAUAUAGUUCGCCAGCCAUUGAGACGCACCUGCACCGCAUUCGAGGCCUGUCGCAGCGCUUCAUAUACCUCAACGACGAUGUCUUCUUUGGCAAGGAAGUGUGGCCCGAGGACUUCUACACACACGCUGCGGGAUACAAGGUGCGUCUGGCCUGGCCCGUACCUGACUGCGCCUUGGGCUGUCCGACAUCGUGGGUGAAGGAUGGUUACUGUGACAAGCCGUGCAACAAUUCCAAGUGCGAGUGGGACGGUGGGGACUGCCUGGGGGCGGCAGCCUCGGUAACGCCCCGCCCUUUCCACCUGUUGCCUUUCCCUAGGCCUGACCUCAGCAAGCUGUACUGCAGCACAAGCUGCGCCAACAGCUGGCUGGCCGACAAGUUCUGUGACCAGGCGUGCAAUGUACUGCCAUGUGCUUUUGAUGCUGGCGAUUGUGGAACAGCGAACUAUGGCCAACUGUAUUCCCUGGACCUAUCGUGGGACGAACAGAACUACAGUCUUCCGUCAGGCCACGUACUCGCCUACUUCAACCUGUCGUCCUUUUUGGGAGAGGGCGGCUCUCUGACGGAUGGGCGCUAUGAGGAGAACGCAGCUGUGCGCCUGGUGGCAGUGUCUGUGCCAAGCAGUGUCAUCACUGUCAUGAUCUUCCCAAACAGCAGUGCCACCACGGUGGAGAUGACUGUCACUGGCCUGCAUGGUGGCCUAUCCUUUGAGUUCAAGUUCGCACUGACGACCGGUGUGGAUGUACCAACAAAGGAGGUAACCACGGCCGUACCGUCAGCAACAGAAGGGAGCUCACCACCACAGAUACCAUUGGCAGUGACAGAGGAAACCGUCAACUUCACAGGAUACCCCGAUGAAAUGAGGUAUCCUCCAUCUCCUGAGCUGCUUCCAGAUGGUGAGGAACUGUAUCGCUAUGCAAACGUUGACGUGAGGCGUUCUAUGCUGCCUGGUGAACUUGUGCGAGAAAUCGUGGAAGCCAGGGUCUUAUACUCAACAGGACUGCUGACCCUGAAAGGCUUCCGUAAGCUCAAGUCCCAGCUGAUUGAGCAGUAUGCAAGAAAUGCCACCUUGGUGGGAGAUCAGGAGGCUGACCUUGUCUUCCGGCAAAGGGCGGCUUCGAGUGUCGCUGUAGUCAACGAAACCAUGUCACGGCCACCUCAGCGAGCACUGCUUGGUCUUCGAGAAGGCUGGCUGCCAUGGGAAAAGCAGAACCUGUUUGGUGCCUUGAUGAAGAGGCACCUAGAGGUAACAACAGAGCCCACUAAAUGGCGUGGGCGACGCUUGCUGGACACCUUUGGGGAUUCACUGCGCCACGUGAACCGGUUGUUCAACAGUGCAUUUGGCUACGAAACGCGCAAGGUGCCCUCACACAUGGCGCACAUGAUUGACGUCGAAGUCAUGAAACGGCUCCAAGAGAAGUUUCCUGAAGAGUUCGACCAGACAUCAUCUCACAGGAUUCGCAGCCCCAAUGACAUGCAGUUUGCGUUCUCCUACUUCUACUUUUUGAUGAGUGAGAAGCACGAAAUUCAGCCUGAGGAGCACUUCGAUAUGUUUGAUGUCGACAAGUCGGGGACGUGGUCUGACCGAGAGAUCCGGACCCUAGUCACACGUCUUUUUGAGCUGCCCAUGGAAGCUGCCAACUCGCGUCAGGUGGAAGAGCACCUCACAGAGUGUGCGCAUAACUUCACCCCUGCAAAUGUGCCUGCAACGCCUUCCUACGAGCGGUACCUGGACUCUAAGCUGCCGACGAUUACUAAAGAAGCGGUCAUGAAGUGUGAGCCGCUGCUGUUCUUGCUGCGCAAGGCAUCGCGCACUCGCCCUGCGAACCACUUUGAGACAGUGAAGGAAGAGGAUUACGUCUUCCGCAUGCUGAACAACAAUGCUUCGCGUGUCCUCGCACAGCUUGAUGAACUGCGACGGGAACCAAAGAAAUUCAUCUGCCUGAAUGACAAUCUGGACUACUCCAGCAAGGACCUGAACCUUGUGCGGCUUGUGGUGCAUGACUUCUACGAGAGUCUGUUUCCAACACCGUCACAGUUUGAACUGCCAGCAGAGUACCGGAACCGGUUCCUUUAUGUUCGUGAACUGCAUGCCUGGCAUGCCGAGCGCAACUGGGUGUAUGCUGUCACCUACGUUGCGUUCGGCGUCCUAGUUGCUUUCACGGCGGUCACAUUCUGCAGUGCCUUGCGGAGCAACCGGAAAUCUUGCCGCUCUGAUAACACUUGCAUCAUCUGAAGAAGCAGCACUUCUGUCUGCUGUCAAUGCAGGUGGAUUUUUCGGGCGCCGUAGGCGUAUCGGAGCUUCUCGAAGCCAAAGGCUGCCAGGGAGGCAGUCACCAGCAGAGCCCACAUCACAAAGAUGGCGUAGGUGUCUUCAAAGGUCAGCGUGACGCGGUUGCCAUCACGACGGCAGUGGUCCCAGUUGCCCAGCAUCUGUGCAAUCCAGCGGUCCAUGAUGCCCAUCUCGCGAAGCCACACCAGCCUGUUUUGAGAAAAAGCGCAGUUCACGACUGCUGUUACAACAUUGUCUGUUGGCAUACCGUUUGCACAAAGUGUACAGCACAGUGCACUGUUAAAAAAAAGCACCAGAUGUUUUGGGUCUGAUUACUUCUCUGUUUUGACGCGAAGGCUGCACCUAAAAUUCUUUACCACGCGUAGUCGGCGCUGACACAUCGCACUGAGCAGCUUUCAUUGUGGUAGCAUUCUUUAGCUACUUGCCUGGGUUUUAAUUGCUGGUGGAUGGCGAUCUAACAUGGUGGAGGGUUACGAGAGUAUGGAGGACAAUAAAGACUGGAGAGGGAAGCACAGGUGGGAAAGAGGAGGAGAAACACGAGAAACCAGCCGGGAAAUCGGAAAGCUGUUGCUGACUUUGACAGUGAUCUUCAAUCCUCAAGUGCGGCAUACUGUACAUACUCGGUACACCUUAGGCAGUGCCAAAGGUGUGGCAGCACCCUGUUGAAAAUUUUUGUAGUAGACAAUGUAAGGACACGGGGACCAAGACCUCGGUGGCCAAGUCGGAGAACUUGUAUAGCUGCACCAGCCUAUUACGUGUGCUCAUUUCUGUGAUGUUGCAGUAGAGGUGAACUACUUUCGAAUUCAGUUCUGACAACAUGAAACAAAGCAGACGGGAUGUCACUCUGAGCAGCGCUGUGUAACAGGGCCGUGGUUGGUAUUGUGUACAUACAAAAAUACCCAAGAAAGUAGACGGAAGGAUGGCCGCUGCUUAAUUGUUCAAUCGAUAGCUUAAUUACAGGGAAACCUUGAUAUAACAAAUCACGCGGGACAGCUGAAAUUAGCUAGGUAUUCUGAAAGGUCGUUAUAGUGAAAGCCCCAAAAUUAACCACUCCGCCCAUCAGUUCAUAAGUUGUCACCAUUUAAGCUAUCCAUGAAAACAUCGCUGUUGGCUCUCGGCCCACGCUGUUUAUAUUUUCCAUAGAUUGAAAAAAUCAGAAUUCUUUUGCAACUCAAAUUCGCAACUUUCCCAGCACCACUGUUGAUGUAUUGAGACUCAUAGCUCCAUGGCUAUUACAUUUAAUAGAUCCAUAGUUUUAACGUCUUAACAUCUUUAUCCAAGUACACACACUAUCUCUGUACAUUCACUAGCUUUGUGUUUUUCCGGCAGUUGAUUCAGACUCCCGUCAAAGCUCAAUGCAGAUUGCAGUUAGUACAACUGACUCCGUUUUGUGGCUUUUUGUUCAUGUAAUAACUUCCAAAUUUCACCAGCAUGUCCUCAGAGGUGCAUACAUUUUCCGUACGUAGUUUCUACCUGACACACCAAAGUUCUCCCAUGGCGGUUCCUUACUGCCUUGAAAAGGGCUAGGCAAGCAAUUGCCAAAACUGAUUUAAUUUCCCACAUUGCAGAUAUUUAAUUCCCAUGCUUGUAACUUUGCUGUGCUAUGCCCUGGUCACUCCACACAUUGCCCUAAGCUCUAAGCAAACUCCGAAAUCUGUUUCUCCAGAAUGGUGCUUGUUUGAAAUUAUGCAUCUGUGUCUAAGCAUCCCAUUUUUGCUGCUACGUCUGCAUUUGCCUUCACAUGUUCCAGUGCUUCUGGUCGCAAUAACAGCUUCACUGCAAAUUUAAUUUCAUUGUGUAACCUGGCUUACAUAGAAUGCAGGGUUCUUAGCAGUGCAUAAUGAAGUGCAAGCCACCACACGAACGUAUUUUGCAGUUUUGAGUGUAUGUCUAACAUCUUGAUGGACCCUCGUUUUUACUUUACUGGACAAAUCUUUUGGAAGAGUCAGUGUGAACCUUGUUGGAAAGAACUAUUGCAGAUAAGCACUACGAAACUUCCUGGUUGUGACAGGCGGCUUAAGAGAGCAAUUCCUUUGAACAACUGGCCUAACUAGAUUCAUGGUCGCACAUAUGAAUUAUACUUGUCCAAAUAGCAUAAUGCGUUGAACAUUUAUUUAGAUAGCAUUUUAUCUUGUUUUAGUGAAUAUACCCUAGCAAAACAUUCCAAUAGAACAAGUCUUGAGAGUGUUAUUGGCGCCAAUAAGUGUAUUGUUCAUAAAGGUCCCGUAGGUGUAUUGGUCCAAUAGCCCCCAUAGGUCUGGUCUUAAAAACGGGAAGCAUCUGCUGCCUGUUGGAUUUUGUUGGUACCAAUACAAUCCAAAUAAAGCUUAUUAAUUGCCUAUCAGACACGCUGCACUGCUCUAUUAUAGCAGUUAAAAAUUAUGUUGGUAAUUUUGCUAAGGUAUGUUAUUGAUUGCCUAGAUUUUAUGAAAUGCCAAAUCGUGCUUCAAUGUUACAAUUAAGCAUAGGGGUCUGCUGCGCAACCCAUCAUCUUGUGGUGUCAUAGGAAUGGAAAGCGCCUUUGUUUGUGAUUACUUAAUGUGCAUCUGUAAUUGCAGGAAAGUUCUUGUUUUUGAAAGAGUUCUUGCGAGUUAAACUGUGAUAGUGUGACCCCUUUUGGCACUGAGUGGCGAUGUGGGAAUGUGAAUGAAUGGUGUAGCGUGUGUGAGAGAGUCAUCGCAUCAGUGCGGCCGUAAUUGAUUAUAUGAUGUGGCUCAAUAAAUGUUGCUGCUGGGCUAGCUGACUUGUAGCGUUUGUAACUUAGUUUCUCACAUAGCAGGUGAUGCUAGCAAAGUGAAAGAGACUUCUAUCUUUGCUCCCACCCGUGGCCAAGGAAUUAUGCACCACAUAAGAAAGAAACAUGCAGUGAUGAGUCAGUCACUUAAAUAUAACAUAAAGUGUCAUACUUCUUGUGUCGCAAAAUGUGAUCUUAUGUUUACACGGAGGGCAUUGCAGGUCUGAACGUAUUUACCACCGAAUGAGCAGAGUGACACAUUCGUGCAAAAAGGUGGCCACAACGGGCCAACUGUGCUCGUGACUAAAACAUGUUAUGUGUCGCAUAGCGGAAGCGCAAAAGUGCACGAGUAACACGAUUUCGCAUGAGCUAAUCGGUACACGUUGUAGGUGAAAUAUAUAUAAGGCAGUCACUAUUUCGUAGAAAGCGUCACAAAUCAAUCAAUACGCAACUGCAUGUAGUGAUAUUUCUAUGAUCGCAUUGUUGGUGUACCUUCUGUGGUGUUGCCUGCUGUGUAUGAAACGCAGUGUAGGGAAAGAUGCAAUGCAACACAGAUGUACAUGAGAAGGCAGAGACAUGGACUGAUGACGGUUGCGCUGCAUAUCUUUUCCUGAGCAUUGCGCGAUAUAUGUACUUGUCACAAUGUCCUUGGCUGCACAGGCUCAAGUUAUGCAGGUUUCCAGUCUAAACAGAAUUUGCGUCACUCAUCGUGGCAGCUUUUGUACUUUUGUAUGUAUAGUACAUGUUUAGCAACACUCGUGAACCAUAUAAGCUCUGCAGGCGUACACUUCACUAAGAGUGUAACAGUGAUGUCCUAGUCCACCUUCCUGUGGCGCUGUUUUGUCAUUAUAUGUAUUGUAUGGUUUGUCAUUAAAUGUAUUGUAAAUUUAGUGCCAAGACUGCACCAGUGAAAAGGAUUAUUUGUGGUCUUCACUUUUCUUGUAGAUUCAUAACGAGCUUUCUUUUUUUUUUUAUGUGAGUGAAAAGAUGUAAUGUUGUGUUUAUGUAUUUCUAAACUUUCCUAUAGCCCUUGCCCUAAGCAGCCAGUGAGGGCUAGUGAAUAGCUUAGUUAAACUUGGACAAGUAGCAGUGCUCAUGUUUGUACUAUAUCUGUCAAAUUUGUGUAUUUGCACUUUUCAGUGGUGCGUGCUAAUGCAGCUCUAUUGUUCUAUGCACAUGUCAGUUUCAUUUUACGAACUUUGUUUAAUUUUGGCGUUUAGAUUUAAGUUCAUGGACUUGUGAAUGAUGCAAUGUGUCUAUAUGUUUGCAUUUGUUUUUCCAGUUUGUUGGUGUAAUCACACUUUUGUCCGCCUAGAAACAACUGGGAACUAUGCGCAGUGCAAGCAGUAUGCUAUGUGUUGCCACGUACAGUCGAACCCACUUAUAUAACAAUAUUCAAGUGCCAAGAAAACUCUAUUAUUAUAAUCGAUAAUUGUUAUGACCAGGCUGCAUGGAAGAGAACAGAGGGAACACACAUCAAACUAUUUUAAUUAGGCAGAAAGAAGUACAGUUGAACCCACUUACAACAUUACUGGUUUUAACAAUACUCUCAUGUAACAAUGAGCAGCCACAGCAUCGUUAAAGGGCAACUCCAGCGAUUUUUUUGACCUUGUCAAGGUAAUCGAAUAUUUAGGUUCCCAAGACCUCCCUGUCACCUGUCUAAUUGUAGAACCGUUCCUCAAAUUUGAAAGUAACUUUAGAUAAGCAAUAAAGUGCAAGAACGACACCGAAAUCUGACCGAGCAGCCAAGCAAACCUCAUCGUGUGCGGUCACGCAAGGCACACAGUGGGGAAGGCAUACAAGACAUGCCUGUCUCGUGGGUGGAGUGAAUAAAACCGGCGAAGAGCAGACGCUCAGCUGAUUCAUGAGUGCACCAGACCUUCGGGUGACAAUGUCAGCUGCACCAACUCUUCCAACUGGUCAAACUGUAACAGCUGCAGCUCCGACGAAUUCACUAGCCACGGAUCACCAUUUGCAUUCGACCUGCCACCAUGAGAGCCAGUGCCCGUGCUCAACAUACCAUUGCGCUGCAACAUGAAGACCGAGGGUAGCCCUAGCCACUGAUUUUAUACAUGCUGCUCGCUGUUUUACUAUUUAUCCCUUCUCGAGGAAGCACUUCACAUACUCGCCAUAAUAUAUAGGGCACGACUUUCUGCAAUUGUAUCCUGCAGAAACACUGCUGAGAGUCCAAACCACCAACCGGUGCAUUUUUCUACAUCAGCAGGUACAGCGACUGCUCGGUGUUCGCUUUAGCUGUAAUGCUAGCCGCUCCUCGGUGACAUCAAUUAUUGUCAGAACAUAGCAAAACUUGAGUCAGCAUAACAAUAUGUAAAAAUACACCCAUGUACAUAGUCACGUUUAACUUAGAGAAGAGCCAGCAAGUCCAACUUAAGAACCACAAUGUACCAAUGUUGUUCAGCACUUUUUGUGCGUGCACCGUACGAAAUGAGGAAUGGUCUAUUUCAAAUCCGUAUGGUCAAAACUGAACAACAAAAGUAGUUUUCUUUUCCUAAUGGUCUAAUUAGCUUCAGGUCAGUUGCUAAGGUCUCCCAACAGUAGAUGCACAAGCUCGCGGCAACUGUGAUCGGCUUAAACUCGGCUGAAUGCAAUCGACAAUGGCUGAAACUGUGUGUGCGGAUGACGAGGGCUGAAGUUCGUGCAGCCAACAAAGCAACACCACUUGCACUCCCAUCUCUUGUCCGUCCACACAGAACAUAACUUUUCGCGGCAGCAACUUCUCAUGCCAAACACUAGCUCACAAUCACUAGGUCACUCCUCUACCCUCUCAUCUGCCAUUAAUUUCCAGCAUGCUCUGCAUAUACCUCCUUUUAUUUGUAACACAAUGUGGCCAAUACCUGAUGAGCAGGCCAGGCAGGUGUUUGACGGGAUGAACGGAAUUCAUUUGUAAAAAAUCUGUGCAACUCACAAGCCUGUUGUCAACAAAUGACGGAAGCAUGCAAAACAAUUUAACGCACUCAGAUCCUUUGACCUCGAAAAAUCGCCGGAGUUGCCCUUUAACUUUUGUGUCUUCUAUUGUAAACAAGAAAUGCUUACUACAAGGUUAAAUGAUUAAAAUCUGGCUACUUCAUGUCUACUCCUAGACUAAGCACCAGGAUACUAAGUGCCACCAGUUACUGUUUUGUAUGAUCCUGGUAGCCUCUCUACAUAAUAACACAGACAGCAAAGUUUCGUUUUUAUUUUUAUUUUUUAGUGACCUUGUUCAGGUAACUUGUGUGGCCAGAUGGACUUGCGCAUCAUGUGUGAACAUGUAUAGUAUUUCGUUGCAGAACUGGAGCCUGCAUUCUUUUUUUUUUUUGUAUAAGUUGUCGCACUGUCAUAUCAACUUUCAGGAGAUGAUGAACUCUUUCUUUCAGCUUGCAUGCUGAACAAAGAAUGAUGCAGAGCUCAGUGAGAGAGGGCAGCAGCAAACACAGCCAUAGCAGGCCAGCUCUUGCAUGUCAGUGUAAUUGUUGCCAGCCUGCAUCACUGGCCAAACUAAAGCCCAAUUCAAAUAAGCAUUGGUGACAGUAGUGUCAGCACAAGAAAUUUUGCAUGUUUCAACUGUGAGUGUGUUGGUUCUUACACUUCAAUGAAAGCAUGUGCACACAUGUAGUGCUUUCCAAAUUUAAAAAUUUUGUUAUCUCAGCAUUUAACAAGUACCUAGAAAGCAGUACCAAUGCGUUUUAUGACUGAUAUUAAGGUUUCCGUUUAUGGUGCUAGAAGAGAUCUUCCGAAGCGUCCUAGCACUGCCUGGUCGAGCUGCUAAUUGGUUGACCUUCGUGGGCUAUCAAGCCUCUGAUACAUGGGAAAGAAAGAAAGAAAGAUUUAUUUUCUUCUGCAUCUUUACAGAAAUGGCGACAAGAGCAAAAGGCAUCGAGGCCUGACAGAGGCUCCUGUUCCAUUAAAAUUUUGGCAACAGCAAAUAGCUUACACGUAGCACAAAAGUAAACACAACAUUUGCAGUAGUCUAUAAAAUCUUGGCUUCAAUUCGGGAUUGAGGUAAAAAACAUUCAGUUCACUAUAACUGGAUCUUCGAACAAGUGUUUAUGUUGUUAGGGAGCAGUUGUUUGUCUCGCUAGCGCCGGCAGGGUUCUUGCAUACGGGCUUAAACUGUGGAAUCUUGCUUGUGAAAAUGUAUUGCGAUAUGCUAGCAUGGUGGUCCUGAGCAAUGUCCUACUGGGCAUCAACUUCCUUUAGGCUUCCUUCACUGUCAACUUGUCAUCUGCCACUAAUAUCUUGCCUGAAGUAAUUUUUGGUCUGUAAUAACCUAGUCUCUCGUUCCUCUAUAUAUAUAUAUGCAAGAGGUUGAAAACCUCAGCAAGUCAAUUUUGAAUAUGGAGUUUGUCAUGUGCUGCAUACUCUAUCUUUGCUACAGCUUUUCUUGCCAUGUAUCCAUGCAGUUUAUUGCGAAUUCAUGUGUGAAAGGAUAAAUUAAAGUGUCUGUGGUCUAUUUUUAAACAA